AUGUCUAUCAUUCCAAUGAUCCAUGAUGAAAAUGAAUUCUUACUGUUACGUCAACAACUAUUAGAUGAAACCACAGUUACUCAAGAUCGACGGGCAGCACAUGUAACAAAAAAUAUCGAUUAUAACAAUAUUCCAACCAGUACUGAUCCAUCAAUAAGAGAAAAGCUACUGAAACGAAAAGAAAGAAAUAACUCUAUUCUUCUUCAUCAUGCCCAUGAAAAACGAUUUUCACACUAUAAACAAGCAUUUAAUCGAAUAUGGGAUGACACCUUCCAUAAUACGCCGAUUCAAACGACAACACUUAUUGUUGGAAGUCGAAACAACCCAAGUAUUUCCAAGGAGCUUGUACGCCGCAGUCCAUUCCCAAAAAAACACAUCCAACAACAAACCACCAAACAACCAAUAAUACAACCUAAAUCUGACUGUCCAUGCUUUAUCCACCCAAUUAUGUCAAACCUAAUACACAUUAAUCAUUUUUUCUGA